GGCAACCUUUUCGAAAGUCAAUCAGCACGUGUACAGACGUGUGUCAACACGUGUACACAAACUUUGUUGUUUUGUGAAAAAUGAAGUAAUAAUAAUUGAGUGAAACAUUUUUUAUAUUGCAAAGUUAACUUUGUUCAACCGGAAAAAUGGUGGUCAUCGGCAAAAAGAAGUAUGAGGCAGGAGAGGCCACACAGUUUAUGACGAGGAAGCAGGCAUUGAAGAAAUUGCAGCUUUCUUUGAAUGAAUUUCGUCGGCUAUGUAUUAUCAAAGGAAUCUAUCCCAGAGAGCCUCGAAAUCGUAAAAGGGCUCAGAAAGGUGACACCCGCGUAAAAAUCCUUUAUCACAAAAAAGAUAUACAGUUUUUGAUGCAUGAACCGAUAAUAUGGAAGUUGAGAGAUUACAAGAUAUUUGCCAGAAAAGUUACCAGGGCCAAAGCACUCAGGGAUUUCAAAGAAAUGAGAAGAUAUCUGAGAAAUCAUCCAACGAUAAAACUUGACCACAUCGUCAAAGAGAGAUAUCCAACAUUUAUCGAUGCCCUUAAGGACUUGGAUGACUGCCUCACACUUUGCUUCCUUUUCAGUACUUUCCCAUCAAUGGCACAUAUACCCAGGGAUCAAAGUAUACUUUGCAGAAGGUUAACUGUUGAAUUUAUGCACGCUGUAAUAGCUGCAAAGGCUCUUAGAAAAGUAUUUAUUUCUAUCAAGGGUUACUAUUAUCAAGCUGAAAUCAAAGGACAGACUAUUACAUGGAUUGUACCGCAUCAGUUUGGUUUUGAACCUCAGAAGAAGAACGAAGUAGAUUUUAAAAUCAUGUCAACGUUUGUUGAAUUUUACAUCAUUAUGUUAGGAUUUGUGAAUUACAGGCUAUAUCAUUCGUUGAAUCUGUUUUACCCUCCUAAGUUCAGCAAUACUAGUAUUUCAGAUAAAGCACUGGUCGACGAACAGGCAUUUGUUUCCGAAAGGAUAAAUGCUCUUAACGUUUCAUUAGUUAGUUUGAAUGCUGCUGCACAAAACGAAGAAGAUGAGGUCGAAAUAGAUACCUUUGAUAAUGAAACUGAUGCCGAGAAAAUUGCCGAAGCUAAGGCCGAGUAUGAUAAAGUAAAGAAACUGAAAACGCUGUUCAAAGGACUGAAAUUCUACAUUAACCGCGAGGUACCCAGAGAAGCGCUCGUCUUUGUUAUUCGUUGCUUCGGAGGAGAAGUUUCAUGGGACAAAUUAUUGUUCGUUGGCUCGACGUUUGAUGAAAACGAUGAGAGCAUAACUCACCAGAUCGUUGACAGGCCUAGUAUGGAGAAGCAAUACAUCUCGAGAUACUACGUACAGCCGCAGUGGAUCUUCGAUUCUAUAAACGCCCGAGAGCUCGUGCCCGUAGAAAAGUACUUGAUGGGCUGCACGCUUCCCCCGCAUCUUUCACCAUUUUCGGAUCCGAGACGCGACCAAACCUACAUUCCGCCCGAGGAGCGAGCAUUAAUGGAUCCCGAAUACAAGAUGAAUUAUGACGCGGAGGAAGCUGUUAGCGAUUCCGAGGAGGAGAAAGAAGGCGAAGAUAAUGAAGUAGCCGCAGCCGACGAAAGUAAAGACGACGAAGAAGUCGAUGCUAAUAUGAGCGAAGACGAUGACGACGACGACGAUGAAAUCGAUGAUGACGACGAAGAGGAAGAAGUUGUUGUACAAAAGGUGAAAGGCAAGAAGGCCGGCAAAGCUAAAGUCGACGACCCGAAGGAGCAAGAGCGUUUAGCCAAGAAACAAGCCAUGAAGGUGAAGGGUGGCGAAAUAGCGAAAGAAGAUCCGUGGGAGAAGAGCCGCCAGGAGAGACAGGAGUACCGCUUGCGCGAGAAGUUGGUGAGGAACAAGCACCGAAAACUGUACAAGAGCAUGAUGAAGGGUCGCGAGGAGAGAGCGAAAGACAUCUGGCUGCUGAGGAAGAAGAGGCGACUCCACGAGGAGGCCGACAAGAAGAAGAAGAAGGAAGAGCGCAAGGCCAAGAAGAGCGCGGUCAAGGCAUAGACGAGUGAUUCUCCGUAUUUAUCGUUAAGAUUCCUACAUAAUAUAGCUAACUCUUGUACAUGAAGUUUUAUUUACAUAAAAACACAGAGCCUUAUAUGGUGACAAAACCGAG